UCUCACCGCCUGUGUGUCCUCGAUGGGAGUGAUCAGCGUUCACCUGCUGUGGGUUACGGUCACCGCCUCGGUUGGUUGUCUUGAGCUGUACACGUCCAGGGGAACGCACUACCAAGUCGGUCUGGAUGUGGGCCAGCAUUUCCAAGAUGCCAUACAGUCGUAUUAUGCCACGAUGGCCGACCUUCACACCAAGUUACUUCCCUUUGUUGAAACCACAGGCGGGAUGCGGAUCUAUGAAACAUAUUUGAAAAUGGCUGAAACAUACUUCCCUCAGUAUGUAGAUGAGCUUCGUGGAAUCGCCGUGGGGGCCAAACUUCCCUUUAAACAGGUUUUCACAAAUCACAUAUGGGACGAGUUAUCUACCCUGAUUGGCGUUAAACAGGAGAAGUCGUGUACAGAUGUGUACGUGAAUGACGUCGGGGAUGAAAAGCCAGCCGAGUUGACGGGGAAGCCACAGUUUGGCUUGGGGCACAAUGAAGAUGGGAGUCCCAGAGCCAAGACCCGGGCCUACAUCCUACACGCCAUCAUCGUCGACAACGUCACGGAGACGGUGGAGGAGAACUUCACGUCGUUCACGUAUCCUGGUGAGCUAUCUGGAGAUGCUUACGGGUUCAACAUGCACGGAGUCGUGCUCACCAUGAACGCCGUGUUACCGGUGGUAGUUGGUAUUGGUGCUGUUCCUCGAGAUUUCGUUCUCCGGGCAACCUUUGCAAUGAGGAGUCAAGCGGAGUUAGAGACACUGCUGCUGAGUGAGGGUACAGGUGUGGGGUACGGCUACAACCUGAACUACGCCAACACUCAAGACGAUGUCCGGACACUGGUCAGCUAUGAAGUGGCCCCCCUGGACAACCAGCCCCGAGCCCUUGUCAGCAAGUACACUGUUGGGUGUGACGGCGACAACACCAACACCACCGGUCCAUACUUUCACUUCAACUUGUACAACCACACGAAUGUUGCUCAAAUGACGUCAGAGUUGACAAGCUCCUACCACCGCCAGGCUCGUGUAGCCCAGUUACCGGAGGUUAGGUACAUACAUGACGCCCUCCACGUCCUGGGCGACACUCACGACACCGACUACCCCAUCUACAGGACAGCCACGCCCCCCGAUGAGUACUCCACUCUGACCACGGCUGUCUUCAACCUAAUGCUCUGCCGUCUGUAUGUCUAUGUGGACAACCCCUUUACUGGAAGUGGGCCUUUCAUGACCUUGACCCUUCCAGCAGGACCCCAAUGUCAGUGACUUUCGUAAUACAUUGUAUAUGUCAAAUAUCGGAGAAAAAUUCACUAAAUAUAUUUUUGAAA